CCGGCAUCUUCAUCUCAUCUCAUUUUGUCCAUUGGAAGCUUCUCUCUUGAUCAAACAUAGACACAAUUCAAAACACAAAACACACUCAUCAUGAAUACUUUUCGUUUUGCGAGGCCCGCAGUCGCCAAAGUGCCUUUCCAGCGGUCCACGCUGCCUCGAAUUGCACGGGCCUAUAGCUCCAAGUCUUAUGAAUAUAUCUUGACUUCAACCCCGAAGCCUGGCGUUGGACAAGUGACUUUGAACCGACCAAAGGCACUCAAUGCACUCUGCACCCCUCUUAUCAAGGAGCUCAACGAAGCUCUCAACGACUUCAACGCCUCCGAUGAGACCUCGGUUAUCAUUCUUACCGGCUCACAAAAGGCCUUUGCCGCCGGAGCCGAUAUCAAGGAGAUGGCCCCUCUCACAUUUUCAGAGGCUUACACCAAGGCAUUCAUCGAGUCCUGGUCCCUGCUGACCACUCAGGUGAAGAAGCCCAUCAUCGCUGCCGUCUCUGGCCAUGCACUUGGCGGUGGCUGCGAGCUUGCCAUGAUGUGUGAUCUCCUUUACUGCACCGAGACCGCCAACUUUGGCCAGCCCGAAGUCAAGCUGGGAACCAUUCCCGGCGCCGGUGGUAGCCAGCGACUCACUCACGCCAUUGGCAAGUCCAAGGCCAUGGAGCUGAUCCUGACGGGCAAGUCCUUCAGCGGUGCUGAGGCUGAGAAAUGGGGCCUUGCUGCUAGAACCUUCCCCACAUACGAGGCCCUGAUGGAGGAGACACUGAAGCUCGCUGAGACUAUUGCUGGAUACUCAAAGGUUGCUGUCCAAGCCUGCAAGGAGGUUGUCAACAAGAGCCAGGACCUUGGCCUGCGUGACGGAGUUGAGUUUGAGAGACGUGUUUUCCACAGCCUGUUUGGCAGCCAAGACCAGAAGAUUGGCAUGAAGGCUUUUGCCGAAAAGAAGAAGCCCGAGUGGACUCAUUCCUAAGCGGUUGGAUAGCCAAUGUGGAGGACAGUAAAGAUAUAUCACUGGGAUGAUACAAGCAUGUACGCUGAAAGGGCACAGACAAGAUAAAAAUGAUAGAAACAUUGAUUACUACAAAACCUGGAUGACUAUUUAUUUAUGCAGCCUAAAUAUGCGCUGUAUUCAUUUCUCGGGACUCUGUUUACUUCCUCCAAUUCUCGUGAUGUCGUCACAUUCCAGCGUUUCCUUCUCAAUUCCUUCUGUCGCCUGGCUGAGUAACGUCGCCGCCACAUCGUGUAAAGAAACGAUGGGGAGGCUGAUGACGCUAGUGAGGACAUUGUGGAAGGUGUUGGUGACAAUAUUUCCCUGCUGAGGAUCGCGAAUGAGGCCUGGCUUGACUAUGUAAGCUUCAAUAGCAUUGUUGGAAUUCUUAGCAAAGUCUAAGACGCGAGUUUCCACCU